AUGAUAUCUCCAAGAUAUGAUGCCUGUAAUCAAAAUCCGGAUGACAAUUUGGAAAGCCACAUGUUUGACCCAUUUGUCACUGGAGGGAUUUUUGAAACUGUGGAAAAUGAACCUGUUAAUGUUGAAGAAUUAGCUUUCAAGUUUGCAGUCACCAGCAUUAACAGAAACCGAACCCUGAUGCCUAACAUCACUUUAACCUAUGACAUCCAGAGAAUUAAUCUUUUUGAUAGUUUUGAAGCCUCACGGAGAGCAUGUGACCAGCUGGCUCUUGGUGUGGCUGCUCUCUUCGGCCCCUCCCAUAGCUCCUCCGUCAGUGCUGUGCAGUCCAUUUGCAAUGCUCUUGAAGUUCCACACAUACAGACCCGCUGGAAACAUCCCUCAGUGGACAACAAAGACUUGUUUUACAUCAACCUCUACCCGGACUAUGCAGCUAUCAGCAGGGCGAUCCUGGAUCUGGUCCUCUAUUACAACUGGAAGACAGUGACCGUGGUGUAUGAAGACAGCACAGGUCUAAUUCGUCUGCAAGAGCUCAUCAAAGCUCCCUCCAGAUAUAACAUUAAAAUCAAAAUCCGCCAGCUACCCUCUGGGAAUAAAGACGCCAAGCCUUUACUCAAGGAGAUGAAGAAAGGCAAGGAGUUCUAUGUGAUAUUUGAUUGUUCGCAUGAAACAGCUGCUGAAAUCCUUAAGCAGAUUCUGUUUAUGGGCAUGAUGACUGAGUACUAUCAUUACUUUUUCACAACCUUGGACUUAUUUGCUUUAGAUCUGGAACUCUACAGGUACAGCGGCGUCAACAUGACUGGGUUUCGGCUGCUUAAUAUUGACAAUCCUCACGUGUCAUCCAUCAUAGAGAAGUGGUCGAUGGAACGAUUGCAGGCGCCCCCCAGGCCCGAAACUGGCCUUUUGGAUGGCAUGAUGACAACCGAAGCGGCUCUGAUGUAUGAUGCCGUGUACAUGGUGGCCAUCGCCUCCCACCGGGCCUCCCAGCUGACCGUCAGCUCCCUCCAGUGCCAUCGACACAAGCCAUGGCGCCUUGGACCCAGAUUUAUGAACCUGAUCAAAGAGGCAAGUGAUGCUCUCCCGCCAGCUUAG